AUGGGAUUGCCUAAUUCUGGGCUCUUUUUAUCUCAAAGUGAUCUGAAUGCUAUGGAAUUCAAUUUUCUGUCAAAACCCAUGUCGGAGUUUCAAGAUUUUGAGUUUCAAAUUGCACCAAAAGAAGUCAGUGUUCAGCUUCAAGAACAAGAUCAGCAACAAGAAGAUGAACAAAAACAAGAACAAGGCGCCCUGCAAAAGGCUGAAGUGGGGGCUGUAGAGAAUCAGAUGUACACGGUCUUAUCUCCGCAUUCCUCUCACAUCCUCAAAAGGUCAUCCGUGGGAGAAUUCAAGGAAGAGGAUGAUGACGGAUUUAGAACUCCGACGAAUUUGGAUCAAAGAAUACCAAUAUUGGUCCCUCAAUGCCCACCUGCACCAAGAAAACCCAAGUCACUUCCAGUGACAAAAAGAUCAAAAGCAGCUCGCCGCGGAAUUUUAAUGGAAUUAUCGAAAGAGAUUGAGUCUUUGUUUCCUCCCGCUCUUCUUGCAGAUAUUGGUGGUAAGAUGAAGAAGGCAAGAAAGUAA